AUGCCGGCCCCGCUGCCCCUCCUGACGGUGCUCGCCGCCGCUGCCGGGCUGGUCGCGGGGGUCAGCCUGUCGCCGCCAACCGAGGCCGGGAGUCACUCGGGCGUGUGCCCCAACCAGCUCAACUCCCGUCUGUGGGUGGACGCCCAGAGCACCUGUGAGCGCGAGUGCCUGGGGGACCAGGACUGCGCGGCCCCGGAGCGGUGCUGCCCCAACGUGUGUGGUCUGCGGAGCUGCGUGGCGGCCCGCUUCGCCUCCGGGGGCCCCACAGCACCAGCCGCCGCCUCCUGCGAGGGCUUCGUGUGUUUGCAGCAGGGCUCCGACUGCGACAUCUGGGACGGGCAGCCCGUGUGCCGCUGCCGCGAGCGCUGCGGGAGAGAGCCCAGUUUCACCUGUGCCUCCGACGGCCUCACCUACUACAACCGCUGCUACCUGGACGCGGAGGCCUGCCUGCGCGGCCUGCGCCUGCGCGUCGUGCCCUGCAAGUCGGUGCUGGGCUGGCCCCCUAGCAGCCCGGGACCCCCCGAGACGCCCCAGACUCCCGACACCACGGCGCACCCGACUCCCGGGGCCGUGCCCGAGGCGCCCGAGCCGCCCGCGCUCUACAGCAGCCCCUCGCCACAGGCAGUGGCCGUCGGGGGCACGGCUAGCCUGCACUGCGACGUCAGCGGGCGCCCACCGCCCGCCAUCACCUGGGAGAGGCAGAGCGAGCAGCAGGAGAACCUGAUCCUGCGGCCCGACCAGAUGUACGGCAACGUGGUGGUCACCAGCAUCGGGCAGCUGGUGCUGUACAACGCGCGGCCCGAGGACGCCGGCCUCUACACCUGCACGGCCCGCAACGCGGCCGGCCUGCUGCGCGCCGACUUCCCGCUCUCCGUGGUGCAAGGCGACGCCUGCGUGCUGCCGGCCGUCCGAGGCCCCUGCCCCGGCCGCGAACCGCGCUGGGCCUACAGCCCGCUGCUGCGCCAGUGCCACCCGUUCGUCUUCGGUGGCUGCGAGGGGAACCGUAACAACUUCGAGAGUCGCGAGGCCUGCGAGGACGCCUGCCCUGUGCCGCGCACGCCACCCUGUCGCGCCUGCCGCCUCCGGAGCCGCCUGGCGCUGAGUCUGUGCCGCAGCGACUUUGCCAUCGUGGGGCGGCUCACGGAAGUGCUGCAGGAGCCCGAGGCUGCCGGGGGUGGCGGCAUCGCCCGCGUGGCCCUGGACGACGUGCUGAAGGACGACAAGAUGGGCUUGCAGUUCUUGGGCACCAAGUACUUGGAGGUGACGCUGCUGGGUGUGGACUGGGCCUGCCCGUGCCCCAACGUGACAGCGGGUGAUGGGCCGCUAGUCAUCAUGGGUGAGGUGCGCGACGGCGUGGCCCUUCUGGACGCCGGCAGCUAUGUGCGCGCUGCCAGCGAGAAGCGGGUCCGGAAGAUCGCCGAAUUGAUGGAGAAAAAGGCCUGUGAACUGCUCAACCGUUUCCAGGACUAA